AUGGAGGCCAACUUCCAAGCCCAUCAACUUGAAACAGGGACAUCCUUUGGACUCUUGCAACAAGUCUACACCAACAAGGCGAUUCUAGCUUCAGACACCUGGAUGAAACGAGUAUGGCAUGAACUCGAGGGUCUGGACAUCUAUGUCGCCUGUGACUCUCCCGCUCUCUCCCAUCGCUGUACGGACGACUCCCUUCUGAGGGAUCUCUUCAUAAACUUGGAGGUUGAACAAGAGGAACUUUUAUGGCUCAAUUGGUGUCAAAUGUUCCUCCAGCCAUUAGGGCCCUGGACUGAUCCUCUGGAGGACUGGAAUUGGUUGCUGUCACCCACUACAGGCCGUUUCCACCGCCAUGGGGCAACCUGGAAACAAUUUUCUCCUGAGGGUUCCUCCACCACGUCACGUCGCUACGCACCAGCGCCUUCAUAUCCUUCCUGCCCAUGGUGGACCGCACCGCUUCCUUGUGAUGUUCUUUGCGCCACGGUUCGCCCCAUCACGGGAUCUGACAGUGUUCUUCUCACAGGUACUGGCCGUGCCUCUAAACCGUCCCCUCCCAACAGCCCAUCCAUCCUUCAAGCGUGGCAGACGGCUGCCGAGCUUUGCACGGACUAUUACGGGUGGGUACUAGAUGAGAUCGAGGUUCACGGUGAGGAAGCCACCUGA